GUUUAUUUUAUUUUAUUUUAUAGAUGACAGUAUCAUCAAAGUGUCAUAUAAGGAUAAGUCUAAAAUAUUGUUAACAGAGCACGGAUAAAAGUAGACAAUAUUUAUUAAAAUAAAAUUAGAAACUGUCUAGAUUCAAUCUUUUCGCAUAAUCUUUUCAGACUAUAGUUUUUAUCUACGUCCCAAACCGCACGCUCGUCUCCUAAACACUACUUCAAAACCCAGUACACCACUGUUAGUUACUGUAGUGCACACUCUGUGGUGAUUGCGUAAAUGGUUUAGAAUACAGCCUCAAUUUUGGUCACGUGGUUCGGAUUUGACACUCUCGCGCUGCUCUGCUGCGUACUGUACAUCGUUCAAGAAGUAGUCAAAGAUGGCGGUCCUGUACGGUCGGGAUGGAUGCGAGCACAGGUGUUUCCUGUAAAACGAUGAACUGAAACCUUUGUGGGUGUUUUUAAAAUAACAAUAAUAACAACAACAACAACAACAGCGAAUUAGAGCGAUAUAUUUGUCAACGAUGCCGUCCCCGAAACCUGUCAGAGCCAGCAGCGCGCGCAGUAGCAGUGUUUCAGGAGUAGGCAGUGGUAGCAGCGGUAGGUACGAGUUCAUGUCGCUGACACGGACGCCUCCACUUUCUCCUUCCCCUGCUUCGCACCUUCUACAAAGGCAGGGCUCGGACCCUACAACAGCGCGGCUCCGUGCCUCCGAGAGCCCGAACCGACGGCGCAGGGGCUCCGCUUCCUCUAACGCCUCCACGUCAUCGACCGGCGGCGGGCAACAGUUACCGGAAGAGGACUGCAUGCACCUCAACCCCUCCAUCAUCAGCGUGGCGCUCAGCUCUCUGCUCGCCGUGGACCUGUGGCUGUCCAAGCGGCUCGGUGUGUGCGCGUGUGAGGAGGCGUCAUGGGGCAGCGCGCGCCCCCUCAUGAAGCUGGUGGAGAUUUCCGGUCACGGUAUACCGUGGCUCAUCGGCGCCGCGUACUGCAUGUACAAAAGCGACAGCGCCGCGGGGCAGGAGGUCAUGCUGAACCUGCUCAUGGCUUUGGUGUUGGACCUGGUGCUAGUAGCCAUAGUUAAAGCGGUGGUGCGUCGCCGACGUCCUGCUCAUAACCGAAUGGACAUGUUUGCCACAUUCUCUGUGGACAGAUACUCCUUCCCAUCAGGCCAUGCCACUCGGGCUGCUAUGUGUGCCCGUUUCCUGCUGGCUCACCUGGUUCUCGCUGCUCCACUACGCGUGCUCGUCAUGCUCUGGGCAGUUUUUGUUGGUCUCUCCCGGGUCCUUCUUGGGCGUCACAACGUCACAGAUGUGGCCUUCGGUUUCUUCAUGGGCUACUGCCAGUACAACCUGGUGGAGGCGCUGUGGUUGUCACCAGCGACACUGCAAAGCAUGAUGGGUCAGCUGGAGUGAAGCGAAAAGCAAGCAGUAGAGACACUGAGAUCGAACACUGAAAAAAGAUUCCAUACAACUGACUUGAACUGUUGGCACUGUGAUAGUAAUAAUUCCAUAUCAUCACUAAUAUUUUGUGUGUGUGUAUUGAUCACAGUUUUGAACCGUGUAUGUCUACUAAAUAUUUGGAAGCUAAAUUUAAGGUGUAUCCACUCUUCUACAGAUAUGGGUUUAAGAGGUGUGUCCUGGGUCAAUGUGAUUGUAUAAGUCCCGGGGAAAAAUUGGCUUAUGUUGAGAAAGGACGACCUCUGACCUCUCCAGCCCAAUGCUGCUCUGCCACUGUGUAAUUACUGUAUUCUACAAUCACUUUCAUAAUCACAAAUGACUUUAAGUCUUCUCAAAAGCAAUCUUCAGUGUAUCAUAAGUAACUUAGUAGUACCUGGAAAUCACAAAAUUUUCCGAUGUAUUUCCAAUGUUUCUGUGUGAAUGGGUAAUAUGAGAUUAUGCUCAUACUAAUCAAUAAGGUGUAAUCAGCUUAUAUUUUCAAUACUCUGAGUGGCUGCCACUCGCUAGAAGGUGAAAGAAGUAUGCGUCCCAUGUAUGAAGAAUGUGUAAAAAUAAGGUCCAUCAGUGGGAUCAGAUUAGAAACUAGAGUGAAAAAAAAUCCAAUUCCGUUUUCGUGUACUCUUCUAAAUCUAUGCAUCUCUAAUAAGCAUGUGGAUUAUGGUGAACCUCACUUAUAUUGUCAUAAUGCAGACAUUGUUUAUGUGUUUACUUUUAUUUAUUUAUUUUUGUCACUUUAACGAAGGAUUUUGGUUAAUGCAGAGAGUUAAUCUUCUUUAAUCACAUGAUGUCAUUUUAGACCACUGAUGACUUCUGAAGCAGGCUGUUUUAUUUAAUUGACAUCAUUUUUGUUCUUUUAUAGAAACUGAUGUGUUUUUUUUUUUUUUGCUGAUGUCUGAUGCCUUUAGUAUACUGUACUGUUUCUUUAUAUUGGAAUUAUAUUCACUGCCUACUUUAUUAGGAAUGCCUGUACACCCCACAUCCAUAUUCAUGCAAUUGUCCAGUAAGACUCCAUACCUUCUGUAGCUACAGGCCCAAAAUUUAACCCUGUGAGUGGCAACUUGUUAAUGACAGAGAUAAGUGGAGAAUUAUUAGACUGGUUUAAGCUGACAGGAAGGCUACGCCAACUCAAAUAACCAUGCUUUAAGAAUCGUGGGGCGCAGAAAGGCAUCUCAGAACACACAUGUCGAACUUUGAGAAGCUAUAGCAGCAUCCUAUUCUUGUCUGACAAGAGUGCAUCCUGAUGUAGUCCUCUGCUGAGGCUGCAGAGGACAAAGGCUUAUUGAAACUGGACAGAUGAAGAUUGAAAAAAGGCCAGUUUCAGUGAGAUUGUCCCCAAUGUAGCCUCACAGUCCUGUUCCUGUGAUGAGUUGUGCUUUUCUGCUCACCACGUUUGCACAGAGUGAGUCACUGUGAUCACAUUUCUCCCAUUCCGAAGCUUGUGUAUCUGUAUAAGUUUAUAGAUUGCACUGCAGCCAAAUGUUUUAUUGGAUAAUUGCAUGAAUAAGGAAUGGUUACAUUCAGUGUUUUCAUGUUACAAUAACAUUGAAGUGUCCUUCACUAACACUGGCAGUUUAAGCAUUUAAUAACUGGGCUGAUGAUAAACAGAAAUGUACACAAAACAGGGUUUUUAUUUAAAACCUCCUUGGGCAGUUUGGUUAAAGGUUUUAUUGGUUAAAGGAUUUUCAUAAAGCCAACAAAGUAGUCUGUUUUAAGCAGGUGCUUUAUGUGUUGUAGUUAUGCAUGUUGUACGCUUCAGACACUUUCCUCCACACCUUCUGCUACAGCAGUGAUUUAAAUGAGGAGUUCAUUACAGCACCAUGAACAUAGAAGAUGUAUUUCCUUAUAAAGGAACAAUAUAACCAGAUUUGUGACUCUCAGUCACUUAUCAUCUUGUAUUAUUAGUCUCUUUUCCCUCUGUUUUUGUGCUUUGUUUGUGCUUUUCAGUUUACCUGCUGAUGUAACUCAUAAGAUGCUGGAGUUAACUGAUUUACAGAUGCACUCUCAAUAUAUUCCUGAUGUGAGAAACCUCUGUAGCUCAACACUGACGAGUAUAUUAUUCUAACUAGUUUACCUUACGAGAGGUAAUGCAUUGCUUACUGUGAUGUUGCAUGCCAAAAGAACUGGGGGGAAGCCAGUUUUGUUACUGUUUGUGUGGUGCUUUUGACUGUUGUAACUUUUUUUUGGCAAUAACAGCUGUUGUUUUCUUCACUCUGUGUAUCUUCGGGUCUGCGGCCUUCGAGAAAGCGGAACACAGGCUCACCAAAGGCACUUUGUCAUGUAUGAACCGCAAUAAUUUUUUUUCCAAGUUGGGUUUGUUUACCAGGGACCAUCUUUCAGGAGUGCAAGGCUGGGUGCUGAAGGUUCAUGGCCUGUAUUCACAUGUAUCUGGUUCACGCUGGUUCCAUUUCUGUAGCCGUGACCAGUUCAGUCUGUGAUCUCAGGUCUGUCUUCCAGUCCUGCGAUGUUUCAUGGUAUGCCUUCAUCUCCGGUGACUUCACCAGCUAUUCACAAAAAUGAUAUGAAUUAUAAAUAUCUACUCAUAUGCACUGUUGAUGGGUGUAUAACGUAAAAAAUCUUUUGUCGGUGUCAGAAAAAAUAUGCAGCAAAAAAAAAAAAUGUAAAAGUGAUAUCGAUGUGUUGGUUAUACAUGUGAAAUGAUACUGUGUAUUUUCUAAAAAUAAAUACAGAAAUUACUGCA